CGAUCAAUCAUACUGCGAGACCAAGAGAGUGGACGUGGAGCGAUGACCGGCCACGCAUUACCAUAUCAAAAAUUCAGUUAUUUUAUACAGUUCUCCAUCUCGUCCUGGUCCUGCUACAACAAAUGAAAGAACCAAAAUGUGCGAGUGUUAUUGAUAGGAGUUGAUACUCCUGAAUGCAAGAUGGAUGCGAUUGCGAUUGAAACUUCUACUUGACUGAUUGCGGAUGGUGGAACGCGAGCAAAAGUACUUGACAAGCAGAUUCCAAGAAUCUUCAAGUCCAUUGUAGAACAAGAGCGACUGUGACAGAAAUGCUGUCCGAUAUCCCUGGCAGUCCUCCCGCGUGGUGGGGGGCUCUCGAAAAUAUACCGCCGAGCACGAGCAGCAGCAGCUGUAUGGGGUUUCAGGCACAGUCGCACCAUGCGGUCAAAGACUCUGGUGCCUCAAACAGAGAUCAUUCAUCCGCAAGAACGUGUUCUAGUCCAAGAUCGACUACUAACACUAAGGGUCCGACUCCGCCACAUGACCAUGCGUCCUCGAGGAACUUGAUACCAGCGACCCUUACGAGGUCCGACACUACUGAUGGAAAACUAGAACCAGGACCAGCGAGGUCUGCUUCCGCAGCUCUACGAAUCGCUGGUCGCGAUGGGCGGGACACAACAAAAACGGAAUGCACGCAUAAGAUGCGUUUUUCGACUUCCGGUCCCGCAGGGCCUGCGCCUUUGGCCGGCACAAGCCCUUCCAGCUCUUCUUCCUCUUCAAGAAGGAGGAUGCGGUGCAGAACCAGGGCUCCUUUGCCAGCAAUGCGCACCGACCGUAGGGAAAACCUCAACCUCGUACUCUCUACUUGCCCCAACUCCUACGUCCUCUGCAACGAUGUACCAAAAGAGUCCGGAAAUAUCGAACGCAACACGGCAAAAAGGCCUGCGACUUGCGCGAGUUACGCUGCGUCGAUCAAGCUUCUCGCGAAGCUUAUUUUCGCAAGACACGUUUGUGCACUAGAUUUAAGACCGCAAGCCUCGGACUUCGAUCCCUUUCCAGUCCCAAUUUACCCGGACUAUACCAGGGCAGCACGGGUGGAGGCUUCUAGCGGCUUUUCCUCCUCGUCAGGUCCGGAGGUGGAGCAAACAAGCCCCAGCAAUGCGAACUACGGACUGGAACUUCUGCAGCAAGGGUCUCGGGCCGGCAGCGCCGCUGAGCUUGGCUCAACAGCAACUUCCGCAGCGGCGCAGCGCGCAGCGAGACAAAGCAGAUCGUCCUCUGCUAUGACGAGAAUGACGACCUCAAACCAAAUAGCAGCUGCUGCGCGAAACAAAGCCGUCAUCCGGAGACGGACGAAUGACAGGCUGCCACCGUACAGCUACAAGGACAUUCCGAAAAAGCCCGAUGUCGCGCUGCCUGCCCUCUCGGCCGCGGACCCAAUGGAGGUGGCUUUUAAUGUGACGCGGAACGACCUACCGCUGGACGGCGCGGUGCGAAAAGUCAACGAGCCGUACCUCGUCGAACACAACUUGACUACCCGGGUAGUGCAGCUUGACGGUAGCAACACAACAUACAAAACGGUCACGAACACGCACCGGCUGAACCAGUCGCUUUACUGGUACUAUGGCUGGAGACGAUUCGUGCGUGAAAUGCUAGAGCGUCAAGAUUCGGCAGCAAUGUACGUAGUCCUUCCAUAGCUGCAGCAGUUUCAGCUCUGAAAUAGCAAUAGAAAAUUUUUUGUACUUAGGUAUCACACGGAGGAAGAGGACGAAAGCAGCAAAGAGGAGAAAUCCACCACGCCGCCAGACAGCUCGGCAAUAGAAGACGAAGGGGAAGAGAAAAAAUCUGACACCGCGGAAGGGACCAGGCCGAGCAGUGGGCCCGGAGUUCUAGCGGAGUCCGGGGGAAGGAUACCCACUGACGUUGUGCAGACGGAGCCAAAGGACUUCCCGGAGGGCAGUCAAAUCGGAAACUUGCGGUUCUCCGCCGACGUGGGGAUGUACAAAGUACGUACAUAUUUUGUCUGCGUGGUGCUCUGCGAUCUAAUGUUGUUUAGUAUUCAACAGCGGCACCACCUCGAACUUCUUCAAAAAGUCAAAAUCACUCCUCAUACACGACAAAAUCGCAGACCACGGUGCGCGGCGACACAGAAGGGAGAGGGAUUUUGACGAUCUCGAGCAGUCGGCUAGGCGGAAUUCUGAUUAACCGCGGGCCGAGGACGUCUAUCGAAGCGGACUCGAUCGUGCACGGUGGCGUGACCACCAGCGGCGAGCUACACUGCAGCUAUAGCGAGCUACGGUCCGGGCUGAACGCGGCUGCGUACGUGUAUCUGGACCACUGCACCAUCUCCGGGCUUUUGUACUGCGACUCAGCGAACACGGUCAUUGUCACGAGCGGCAGCGGAAACGUCUUCAACGCACACAAAAACUGUAAGAUCCAGACGUCGGAGGAAGUCAAGGCGGUAAAGAUGAGUAUGCUGCCGAGUGUUUGCACGACUUGUUGUAUACAGCUUGUCAUGUAUAGUUGCGUCAAGACUGAGUCUGCGAUGGACAGACUAGCACAGCGGCUCACGAAUCAUCCACGAAAAGUGCUCACGUAUCUAUACGAAAACAUCAAAACAGGGCACCUUCGGAAUGUAUCCCAUGUGGAUGUUUACGGUUGGUUCCGUGGUGCUCUUUGUGGUUCUCUUCGGCCUGGCCUCUCAGGCCGUGGAUGAAGCGCACAAGGAACGGGAGCAGCUGAUGCGCGCAGCGGCGGGCAUCGAGAAGGAGGAGAAUAAGUGAGCAGAGGCAGCAGGAGACUCUGGAGUUUUCUAGAUGCUCUCAGACAUCUUGGGCUUCGAAAAGGGCGUCGACGAAAUACCACGUUCACGAAUAAGACAGAAGAAGAUAUUGACAACGACCGAAGUUUUGUAAAAUUUUCAAAGUCAGUAACGGAAAUUAUACAGUAUUCACGACUCAAAUCAAGGCAUGACCAAAAAGAUGGCUGCGAUAAGCCAGGCGUUUAUGAAUAUUUGGCUGAAUAUGGUUUCGAUUCAUAGAAUCAAUAUCAAUCACAAUUCCCAUACUCGAUCGAAGCAUGUUCAUGAACGAAGUUGCUUCGUGUCACGUUUUUUUAACCACUGUACAAAUUUCAGAAUAAACCACAUGAUACGAAUGCCCUGUAUAAUACUCAAGAAAGAGCGUGUGCAUGACCAUAAGCAGGGUGGCGGCCGGAACGACAAAAUGAGUUGUACUUUUGAUAGGUUUCCAAAAUGAAGAAGUUGAAGAGAGAGCCGUCUAUACGAGAAACGGUCUUAGUCUUUCGUCAGACAAACUUGGCUGCUGAGCUGCCCCUUGCUUCAGCAUUGUGCGAUGUUCGCUACGGUCGUUUGCUGCUCACGUAAGUAACAUCAAAUCACUUUUACACCUUUAC